CCUCGUUCCACCAUCCACUUCCACCAGUUCACCACCAAGCCCGUCGCCCCAACAGCCCGCCUUAAAUCACCCCCGCACUCAAUCGUCACCGUACCUGGCCACGAUCACCACUCGCAAAAAAAGAAAGGACCGAAAUCUUUUCUAUUUUUUUCUCCAUCGCUCCCAUGCCCAGGCCUCUUCUCGCCGCUCUCCGCACAUCCAUCCGUCCAGCCGUCACCAGAAACUUCAGAAUGUCCUCUUCCAUCCCCGUCCCUCAGGAUUUCAACGCUGCCCUCUACAAGCCCUUGGCUGAGGCUGACCCCGAGAUCUCUUCUCUCAUCGAGAAGGAGACCUGGAGACAGUUCUCUGGUCUCGAGCUCAUCGCUUCCGAGAACUUGACCUCUCUCGCCGUCAUGGAGGCCAACGGUUCCAUCCUCACCAACAAGUACUCUGAGGGUCUCCCCGGUGCCCGAUACUACGGUGGUAACGAGUUUAUCGAUGUCAUCGAGAACCUCACCAAGGAGCGUGCUUUGAAGGCGUUCAACCUCGACCCCAAGGUCUGGGGUGUCAACGUCCAGCCUUACUCUGGUUCCACCGCCAACUUUGCCGCCUUCACCGCCCUCAUCAGCCCCCAGGACCGUAUCAUGGGUCUCGGUCUCCCCGACGGUGGUCACCUCACCCACGGCUACUACACCGCCAAGAAGAAGAUCACCGCCUCUUCCAUCUACUUCCAGUCCUUCCCCUACCGCGUCGACCCCAAGACCGGUAUCAUCGACUACCCCCAGCUCGAGACCAACGCCAACCUCUACAAGCCCCGUCUCGUCGUCUGCGGCGGUUCCGCCUACCCCCGUGACUGGGACUACGCCCGUCUCCGCAAGAUCGCCGACGCCCAGGGCGCCUACCUCUUGUCCGACAUGGCCCACAUCUCCGGCCUCGUCGCCGCCGCCGAGCAGAACUCGCCCUUUGAGUACUGCGACGUCGUCACCACCACCACCCACAAGACCCUCCGUGGUCCCCGUGCCGGUCUCAUCUUCUUCCGCAAGGACAAGGAGGCCGACCUCGAGGCGCGCGUCAAUGCCGCCGUCUUCCCCGCGUGCCAGGGUGGGCCCCACAACAACACUAUCGCCGGUAUCGCCGUCGCCCUCAAGCAGGCUGCCGACCCCGCGUUCAAGGCCUACGCCAAGCAGGUCCGCGCCAACGCCGCGGCUAUGGCUGCCGUCCUCUUCAAGCACGGCUACAACCUCCAGACCGACGGUACCGAGAACCAUUUGAUUCUCUGGGACCUCAGGCCCAUCGGCUUGACUGGUUCCAAGGUCGAGAAGAUCUGUGAUGCCGCUCACAUCACCUUGAACAAGAACGCCGUUGCCGGUGACACUUCCGCCCUCGUCCCCGGCGGUGUCCGAAUCGGCACCUCCGCCCUCACCUCCCGCUCCAUGGUCGAAGCCGACGUCGAACAAGUCGCCGAGUUCCUCCACCGCGUCGUCCAGAUCGCGCUCAAGACCCAGCAAGAGGCCGGCAGCAAGCUCCUCAAGGACUUUGUCAAGGCUUACGAAGGCGAGGGUGAGGCGUCCAAGCUUAUUGCAGAGUUGAAGGAGGAUGUGGUCAAGUUUGCGACUUCGUUCCCUUUGCCUGGUGUGCCUGACACUUCCAAGAUCGUCCGACCCGAGGGCGUCUCCGUCUAAGCUCCUCCCCAUCUCGAGCAAGCUUGAACGUGCAGAUAGGGGUGUAUAGAAAUUUGUGUAGCGCAAGUAAGAAAGUAGUACAAACCAAAACCAAAAAGCAUAACAUUAUCUUCAUUCUUAUCAUAUAGGGAACGGAGAAAGACAAGCCAUCUCAUCAUGGUUCUUUCCUACCGUCAUUUUUCUCUUCAUUCUUUUCUUAUUGAUCUUUUUGUAUAACGCUCAUGAUUAUGUCAUUCAUCUGAUCCAAAAUCCAUUCGUGCUGCAGUGUUUUCCAUCAGUGUUGUUUUUUCGUACGAUCGGGCUGCAGCAUCUUCGC